GUCAUUACUCCUCACCGAGGCGGUAAUGUUCCCGAAGUUUUCUCUUCGUUCUAUGUUUCAUGGAGCUGGAGGAGGGAAUGAUAUUCAGUGGUGUUUUUCUCAGGUGAAAGGAGCCGUAGAUGAUGAUGUAGCAGAAGCAGAUAUAAUUUCUACAGUAGAAUUUAAUCAUUCUGGAGAAUUGCUAGCAACAGGAGAUAAAGGUGGUAGAGUCGUCAUCUUUCAGCAGGAGCAGGAGAACAAAAUCCAGUCUCAUAGCAGAGGAGAAUAUAAUGUUUACAGCACCUUCCAGAGCCAUGAACCAGAGUUUGACUACUUGAAAAGUUUAGAAAUAGAAGAAAAGAUCAACAAAAUUAGGUGGUUGCCCCAGAAGAAUGCCGCUCAGUUCUUACUGUCCACCAAUGAUAAAACUAUAAAAUUAUGGAAAAUCAGCGAAAGGGACAAGAGACCGGAAGGGUAUAACUUGAAAGAGGAAGAUGGAAGGUAUAGAGAUCCUACUACAGUGACCACACUACGAGUGCCAGUCUUUAGGCCCAUGGAUCUAAUGGUCGAGGCCAGUCCACGAAGAAUAUUUGCCAAUGCUCAUACAUAUCACAUCAACUCAAUUUCUAUUAAUAGUGAUUAUGAAACAUAUUUAUCUGCAGACGAUUUGCGGAUUAAUCUUUGGCAUCUGGAAAUUACAGAUAGAAGUUUUAAUAUUGUGGAUAUCAAGCCUGCCAAUAUGGAAGAGCUAACUGAGGUGAUCACAGCAGCAGAAUUCCAUCCAAACAGCUGUAACACAUUUGUAUACAGCAGCAGUAAAGGAACUAUUCGGUUGUGUGACAUGAGGGCAUCUGCCCUCUGCGAUAGGCAUUCUAAACUGUUUGAAGAACCUGAAGAUCCCAGUAACAGGUCAUUUUUUUCCGAAAUCAUCUCCUCUAUUUCUGAUGUAAAAUUCAGCCAUAGUGGUCGAUAUAUGAUGACUAGAGACUAUUUGUCAGUCAAAAUUUGGGACUUAAAUAUGGAAAACAGGCCUGUGGAAACAUACCAGGUUCAUGAAUACCUCAGAAGUAAACUCUGUUCACUGUAUGAAAAUGACUGCAUAUUUGACAAAUUCGAAUGUUGUUGGAAUGGAUCUGACAGUGUUGUCAUGACUGGAUCAUACAAUAAUUUCUUCAGAAUGUUUGACAGAAACACAAAGAGAGACAUAACCCUAGAAGCAUCACGGGAAAACAAUAAGCCUCGCACGGUUCUGAAGCCACGCAAAGUCUGCGCCAGCGGCAAGCGAAAGAAGGAUGAAAUAAGUGUCGACAGCCUCGACUUCAACAAGAAAAUCCUCCACACAGCCUGGCACCCCAAGGAAAAUAUCAUUGCUGUAGCUACUACAAACAAUCUGUAUAUAUUUCAAGACAAAGUGAAUUAGGGUUGGCGUUCCUAGCAGAAGAGCCCACUUCCUGCUUAGUUGAGAUAGUUGAAUCUAGCAUUCGUACCUAUAAGAGAGAGAGGUUCAUUGUGGCGCCCCUUUCCAGUGUUCGACAGUGUGCCGUUCGACAACACAUCGCAUAGCUACGUGGAGAAAGCUCUGUGCUUCAUCACUGUGGUCUUCUCCAUGCCUGCUAGCCAUUUAGGUGAGGGUAGGGCACUUUCAACUUAAAUGACUUCUUGCACCGUCUUGCCUAGUGGACUAGAUUGGACUGUGUCAGCAUUGAUUUACUCCACUCUCUAUGCCUUCCAUUGUGAUGACGUCAAACCCAGUGAAAGCCUUCAGUCAUGCUAUGGGAUUUAAUUGUGUAUCCUCAUUACUGUAUCAUCUGUGGGGUACACCCCUUCCCCCAUUUUUUAAAUUAAAUACAGCUCAUUCUUACUGUGGCUUGUAGCAUUCCUCCUCUUCUGGCCUCCUGGACUCUUCCCUUCAUCUCUCUUACCCUUGCCCCUCCACCCAGUCUUGGUGGUGGUAUAGUAAAAAAAAGAAAGAAUGAAAGCACACAAAAUGAGUCAGUUUGGGGUCAGUGAUCUAAAGGGGGCAUGUGUUAAGAACAAAUGUUUUAAUAACAGUUGGCUGUAAUCACUCCUUGCCAUGUCUGGCACUGAAAAUAAGGAAAAAAAACUACUACUGAAUAAAAGUGACAAAGAAUGGAGAAUCUGGUUUUCUUUUAUUUUUAACCUACCUCUUUAAACCAAUAUUUUGUGUCAUACCCUUGGGCGCAGUGAAAUGAAAUAGGUUUCCAUUGUUUUAUUCGUAUUUUUGUUAAAUUUUUUUUAACAAGUGGAGAAGAAAGAGGUAUUGGUUCUGUGCAAACAUGUUUUGAAUAUAUAUUGGUGUUAAGGAUUUCACAAUCUAUACAUACUACUAGAGGUUUUUUUAUUGUGAUUAUUGAGGGUAUCGGAUACAUUGUAUCUAUACUCAUCAUCUGUUAAUGAAAUUGUAAAUGGGAACCAACAUUGUAGAACCUAAGUUUUAAAGACUUUUUACAGUGUUUCAUUUCAUUUUUGCCUUACAAAAUUCUCAGUCAAAGACUUGUAGAACGUUUUUAACAACUUAAAAACUUCUUUUGUCAUUCAAUCACAUAGCAGAAAACUAAACUCAAGUGAUUUGCAUAGAUAAAAUUGACACUGCACUAAAUACCUUUUUUUGUAUUUGACUGCUAUCAAAUCAGAAUGAGAUGUACUUUGCCACAGAUAUUUUUCUUAUAUUUUUGGUUUUCCAAAGCUAUAUUAAAGUCAAACUUUUCAAGGUACAGUGUUCAAAAAGUGCUUAAUGAACUCCAACAGCUGCCUCAAAUAAAAUCUGGUCAUCUGUAUAUGACUACAUUUUUCCUGAGUUGUGAUACCUUAUCCAAAGAUGAAGAGUACUCCUAUUUUUUAAUAGGUAGAAUGUACCUUUGUCAGUCUUACAGAAGCUUUAAUGGAGAAAAGAUGGACUUUAUUUUUAAAAGAUGAACAGGCAUUUAUAUUAUUAGAGAAUGGUGGUCUAUUUUGGUUGAGCAGUAACAUAACAGCCUUGAAUUUCAGAGGACUCUGAGUGCUGCUUCUGUGUCCACUGCCUAUUGUUCUUUUCUUCGAUAAUGAAAAAUGAUUCAAUGAGUUGGCCAUGAUUCCCUCAGCACUAUGACAAAGAUUAUGUCUUGUGAGUUAACAUUUCAAGCACACAGGAGAAGUUUUAUGUAAUAAAAUUACUGUAUCUUUUGAACUU